CCUUCUCGGAGCGUCUUAAGCACAGGCUUCUGGCCUACGGCUCUGGGGGCACUUGGGGGGCGGGGGACAGGUCUGAUGAGUAACCCCUCCCCCCAGGUCUUAGAGGGAGAAGCCUCUACAUCUGUCUGCCGGCCCAAGAGUUCCAUGGCCUCCGCAUCCCGCCGCCAACGCCGAGAGCGUCGCUUCCGUCGUUACUUGUCUGCAGGACGGCUGGUGCGGGCCCAGGCCCUCCUCCAGCGACACCCAGGCCUUGAUGUGGAUGCUGGGCAGCCCCCACCACUGCACCGGGCCUGUGCCCGCCAUGAUGCCCCUGCCCUGUGCCUGCUGCUUCGCCUCGGGGCUGACCCUGCCCACCAGGACCGCCAUGGGGACACUGCGCUGCAUGCUGCUGCCCGCCAGGGCCCUGAUGCUUACACAGACUUUUUCUUGCCGUUGCUGAGUCGCUGUCCUUCCGCCAUGGGGAUAAAGAAUAAGGAUGGGGAGACCCCUGGGCAGAUUCUGGGCUGGGGACCCCCCUGGGAUUCUGCUGAAGAGGAGGAAGACGAUGAAGCUUCCAAGGAGCAGGAAUGGAGGCAGAAGUUGCAGGGCGAGCUGGAGGACGAGUGGCAGGAGGUCAUUGGGAGAUUUGAAGAUGACGCUUCUGGAGAGACCCAGGAACCUGAGUCCUUCUCAGCAUGGUCAGAUCGCCUGGCCCGAGAGCAUGCCCAGAAGCGCCAGCAGCAGCAGCAGCGGGAAGCAGAAAGAUCUUGCCGAACACUGCGGGCUGAGAGCUCCAGUCACAGCUGGCGACAGCAAGAGGAGGAGCAGCGGCUUUUCAGAGAGCGAGCCAGAGCGAAGGAGGAAGAACUUCGGGAGAGCCGAGCCAGAAGAGUCCACGAGGCUCGAGGGGACCAAGGGCCAGAGCCAGCCAGAGCCGGGCCAAGGGCAGAGCACCCCAGAGGGGCAGGGAGAGGCAGUCUCUGGCGCUUUGGUGAUGUACCCUGGCCCUGCCCUGGGGGAGGAGACCCAGAGGCCAUGGCCGCAGCCCUGGUCGCCAGGGGCCCACCCUUGGAGGAGCAGGGGGCUCUGAGGAGGUACUUGAGGGUUCAGCAGGUCCGUUGGCACCCUGAUCGUUUCUUGCAGCGAUUCCGAAGCCAGAUUGAGACCUGGGAGUUGGGCCGGGUGAUGGGAGCUGUGACAGCCCUUUCUCAGGCCCUAAAUCGCCAUGCCGAGGCUCUCAAGUGACCGCAGGGAAAGAACAAGAAACUGUGGGGAUGUAGCCUUAGGGACAAUCAGGAAGAGGGAGGGCAAGGUCAGGGAUGGGGCUGGACAAGGAAAAGGCAGAUGCUGCCCAAAGGGACAUGGGGUGGGAACGAAACUUUUAACAAGAGGGAUGGGGCCCAUGGGCCUCUACCGCUACUCUUGACUCUGCCAUUUCCUAAUAAGACCUGGUUCCACAUCCGUGCACUCCCAGAGUCUCCUCUGCCUUUUUCCAUUGCUAUGGUUUUUAUCACCCAUGACAUCUCCUUUCCCGCCCGCCUGCUGAAACCCACAGCUCCUACACACCUGCAACACACACACACCAUUGUGUGCCCUCAGAUUCCCCACCACAAUCCCCAGAAACCUCCUGCUUGCCCACCCUCAAGAUCAGCCCUCAGAAGGAAUGGUUUGCUCUCAGGCCUCCCUCCGCCCCAUGUGCCGGGGUCCUGUGCACACUUGUCUACGUCUGGAGAAACAGAUGUGAACAGAGGCAAAAAGGGAACAAAACCAGUUUCCUCCCCAACCAAGCUCCCCAAGCAGAACCACAUCCUCCUCCCCACCGAACACCCUCCUCCUCCAACACAGGGCUUUCCCUUUGCUGAGUCACUGAAUGAGCCAAGUUGGGGGCAGCGGGUUAGGGGACCCUGAGGAGCUGAGGGAAGAUAGGUAAUGGAAGUAGAACGGAUGGAGGAAGAGCCCUGUGGAAGAGGGAAAUUUGAUUGCUAAAAAUAGAAACAAAAGAAGGAGGCGGAAAGAGCCAAAUUAUGUAAGCUGGGUUGCCUGUUCUUGGGCAACCAGAGAUCCACACCCAAGAGCAGGCAAGCUUCUGGGCCACCAGCUGGCUCUCCCUCCAGCAUCCCAGCCCCAUCUCUUCUGGGGCUCUAAUACCUCUCUCAUCUAGCUUCUGCCAUAUCUCUGAGCUUCAUCUCUGAGGAUCCCAGGCUAGUUCUUUUACAUAAACAUCUUUUUUAAGAGCUGGUAGUUGAGGUCCUGAAAGAUGGAGGUAAAUGACCUGGAGGCUCCCAUGAAGGAAACAAGGGUAUUCCAACAUCUGCUCCCACUCCAAUUCUUGGAAAUAGGCAGGCCAAACCCCACUGCCAUCACCCAGAACACAACUGGGAACUCAGCCAAAAAAAAUCACCAGGAGCAAAAGGAGAGGGUAGAGUGCAAGCAUGCGCAUGUGUACAUCUGAACCUUUCCAACCAGAAACAUGAUUGUCAAAUCUUAAGUCCAGGCCUACACAGGAGGUCCCAGAUGUAGAAGUGGAAGGUGGCAGAAUAUAAGAGGGGAAAGCUGCCGGGAACAUGAGGUGAGAAUAAGACCCUGGGAGAAGACAAGAGCCUGAAGUUAGGAAGAAGCCCAAGGCCUCAGACAGAUGUUCAGGGGCAGAAGAGGGUAUCACCGAUGAGAAAGAUCCUGUGAGAGGAAGCUGCUGUGAUUCAGAGAAGAGACUUAGAACUCUGAGCAACCCAGGCGUCCGGUUCCUCUCACAGGCCGGAGAUUUCGGAAGUGGCAUGCAAAGAACCCAGGUUUGGAGCUGGGGUUAGGAUCCCUUAGCUGGUGGAGGUUGAGAGGUAAGCAACAGAAAACACUUUUACACCUCUCAGAUUUCUCCGUUGUCUCAAAAGCACAUCAUUUCCCUUCUGCAAGUAUUACAUAAAACCAAAGUAAGAUAAGCCUUAAUACCUGGGUCCCUAGAACUCCCUCUUCCAUGUCCCUCCCUGGUGUCUGGCCCCCCAGCCCUCCUGGGGGUUCCCCUGAGAUAAAGGCUGUUCACUUUCUCUGACCACAUGGUUUCCGCUUCUGUGUCUCUUGUUUCCUAGGCUGAUAAAAAUACUUAGCCCUAGAGGCCCUGGCUUCCUCUGACAGGCAGAAUAAGGGGUAGCAGGCAUCCUGUUCACCACAGUGGGGGAGGAAGGGCACUCAGGGACCCCCAAGGGGUGACUCAGUACCUCCCAGAAGAGUCAGAAGUAUAUCUGUUCCCUCAGGCUGGAACCAGUAGUUGGGUCUCAGUAGAUGAUGCCUUGGGGUUCAAUGUGAGAAUCAGAGUUGGGAAAAGAAAUGUGAGAUUGAAGAGGGUCAGUUGGGAUUGUGUUAGGAAAAGUGACCUAGGAGGGAUUCCAUUUGAUGCAGGCAGGUCAACUGGGCAUUAGUAGCCCAAAGAUAAAUUCAAACCUGGCUUCAGAUUUAUCCAGUAGGUGGACAGACCUAUACUUAAUUGACCGGAGACAUGCCGAGUAAACUUUACACUAGGACAUAUUGGAUGCAGAUGGGGAGAGGGAGAGAGCAUUUUAAUGGUGGAAUGGACAGAAAGGUUUGGUAGGUAAGUGUCUUGAGUAGAGACUGGGAAAUGAGUGUGUGCAUGGUAUGUGCAGGAAUCACCGAAUAUCCUGCAGUAGAGAAGCAUGGUGCAGGGGAACACAUAUAAAGAAUGACCACAGAUGCCAAUGUUGAGGACUCAGCCUUGUGGCAGUGACCUCAGGGACAGCUGUAAAGAGAGAAUGCUGCAGAAUUCUCCACACAAGGGAUAAGAAAACCCACUGCAUACCCACAAUGCGUUAACCAGCCCUUUUCUUUCAGUAAUCCUGUUGUUGGGGGUCUCAAAACACAAUACCCCAAAGUAUAGGGUGCAUAGUUGUACUGAGUACUUUUAACUGAAGUUACUGGAAGAGUCUCAGAAGCAAGUUUCUCUUUGCCUUUCUCCUGCCCUCUUGUCUUCUACCUGUUUUAGUUUACCCAAAAUGAGUUAUCAAAGCUAGAACUCUUCUUCCUCAAGUUGGGUCGUCAAAGCUAGAGCCUUCACAAAGUCAACCAUAAUGCCUAGAAAUAUUACUCUCAUUUUUAUCUUACCUUCCUUCUCUGACAAUACAUCAUAGAUCCUCAGGCCAAGCAGAAGCUUAAACAGACAAGCCCAAAUACUGAGUUUUUUCCCUCUCAGUCUCUGAUCCUUUCUGGCCAAUUGUGUUUCUACGUGGCUGUUCAUUCUUUAUCAGAUCUAAGCCUGAAGUUGGACAGUUUUCUUUGGGUCUUAGGAUCUUUAUUUCUGAAGGCUCCAAUUUCAUCUAAAACUUGGAUUAAAUAAAUCAGUUAUGCUUUU